UCAUGGUAAUCGCUGCUCCGGUGGAAGCUGUACAACCACCAUCUUCGGUUUGUCAACAACCGCUUAUAAUGUAGGUUCGAUCCGGUACCCGGUAAUACCCACUGAGUACCGUGUACUGAGGGAUGAUGCAGACAAAGGAUGUUGAAAUGUUUGUGUUUUUACCCCGCAUCCUGGGCGCGGGACGGGUGAGACCCUCGUUUCGUGUACGCGUCGCCUGAUGAACCUGAGUAAAAGCAGAUAGAAGAGCUGGCAAUCAUCGUCCUGAAGACGAUGUGCCUCUGUGAGCGAGAACAACAGAGCGAAAGGAGCUUUCGAUGAAAUGAGCGAAAGAGCGAUAAAGCGUCCUCUUCGGCCGUACCUUGUUCGGCGAUGUUCAUCCAGCGCGAAACCACAUCGCUAGUAAACAGUGAGUGGCGCGAAGGCGUUUUACGGGGUGUGUUCUACUGCGUGCGUACAGCAUCCGGAUACUCCGGGGCAGUGUCAGGGAGCGUGCCUGUUGUCUAGGAAAGGUAUUUUAUCAGCAGUCCGCCAUCUGUUACAUCCAGUCGUCGGCCGGAGCCUGUACCGUACGGACAGACUCUACGGGCAAAUAAGCGGGCACCACAGCGGGAUUCGGGAUGAAAGCGAAAGUGGCGAUGUGUUUUCCGAUGCACGAUAGUGUCGCAGAGUGUUUGAAACGCCACUCGUCGCCGAAAGCGUUUGCUUAAAGACGAUGUACUAAUAGAGCCAUAGAGUUAGUUGCAAGCAAGCCGAACCUAACAGCGGUCCGGUAGCACCUCAAGCGCAUAAAUAGUUAAUUGUGUUAUCCUUAGAAUGAGCAGAUUGAGUUGGUUGAGUGCGUAAUUUAGCAGUGUUUGCUUACGGCUCAACGUCUCAAGGAAGAGAGUGAACCUGCGAUGGAUUAACCAUUUACGUGCAACAAUAUUCAUCACUGUACGAUCACAUCCAUCACAUCACAUUGCAUCGUCAAUAAAAGAGGAAGCAAAAGCUGCUUCCACGUACAGUGCAUCUUCCAUCUGUUGAAUGGAGGCAUCACAUCACAGUAGCCCGUACCGUGAGUGUAACGAACGAGUUUGGUGGAACUAUCGACAAUACAGACCGUGAACGUGAUGGCGUAGCGUGUAAAGUGUGUCACGAGACAGGAACAGACAGUGUGGCGUAAGGUGGCGGUGUAGUGGUGCACCAGCUAGCUAUUUAACCCCCGAACUGUUGUUGUUCGAAACGCAACGAGAAUGCUGGUGCAAUAAUAAAGUGCAGCUUGAUUUUCGACUGCUUGCCCAUCCGUGCGCCGGAAUCCGUUAAUUGGACGUCACUAGGAUAACAAGCGCAACAGCAUCGAGCUACUUUGACUCGGGCCACUGCAUGCACCGGGCAGCAGCUACCUUGCAGUACCGUUUAUCAGCCCAGCCACAGCAACGACCCUGCCCUCACCCAACCCCGACCGAACCGUCCGAAACAUGUUGCAGCAGCGAAGAUGAACGACGCUCCUAACGAUGUGGCAGCCAGUGCGGUCGACUACGAAGAUCUGAUGGCACCAUGGGCCUACAAUGCGUCCGCCGUCACACUGUUCUUUAUUGGAUUUUUUGGCUUUUUCCUCAACCUGUUCGUGAUAGCGCUGAUGUGCAAGGAUAUGCAGCUAUGGACACCGAUGAACAUCAUAUUAUUCAAUUUGGUCUGUUCCGACUUUUCCGUGUCGAUCAUCGGCAACCCGCUCACGCUCACAUCCGCCAUCUCGCAUCGCUGGAUCUUCGGCCGGACGCUGUGCGUGGCGUACGGGUUUUUCAUGUCCUUACUGGGAAUAACCUCCAUCACGACGCUUACCGUGCUGUCGUACGAGCGGUACUGCCUCAUCAGCCGUCCCUUCUCGUCCCGAAAUCUGACGCGCCGAGGAGCCUUCCUGGCGAUCUUCUUCAUCUGGGGCUACUCGUUUGCCUUAACCUCGCCGCCACUGUUCGGCUGGGGUGCGUACGUUCAGGAGGCAGCUAACAUCAGCUGUUCGGUAAACUGGGAGUCUCAAACGAAAAACGCCACCACGUACAUCAUUUUCCUGUUCGUGUUUGGACUGGUCGUUCCGCUAAUAGUGAUCGUGUACAGCUACACGAACAUCAUCGUCAAUAUGCGGGAGAAUUCAGCACGCGUCGGGCGGAUCAAUCGGGCCGAACAGCGCGUCACCUCGAUGGUGGCGGUUAUGAUCGUCGCGUUCAUGGUCGCCUGGACGCCGUACGCGAUCUUCGCGCUGAUCGAACAGUUCGGCCCGCCGGAGCUGAUCGGCCCCGGGUUGGCCGUGCUGCCGGCGCUCGUCGCCAAAUCGAGCAUCUGCUACAACCCGAUCAUCUACGUCGGCAUGAACACGCAGUUCCGGGCGGCAUUUAGCCGCGUGCGGAACAAGGGCCAGCAGGCGGCGGCGGACCAAAACACGACCACGAUGCAGCGCGAGCUGACCAAGAGCAGCCGGGACAUGGUGGAGUGCAGCUUUGACUUUUGUCGGAAGAAGAGCCGCUUCAAGAUUAGUCUGGUGAAGCCGACCGCACCGUUGGCGGUGGUGGACGUAUCGAGCACGUCGCACCGGGACAAGGGCACGAGCCGGUCGCCCCUGGAUCAAACGGUGCUGAACGAAACGAACGAGGACGUUGGGCGGGAACGGAGUGGUGGUGGUGGUGGUGCUUAUGCCGGCACACGCUUCGUACGGCCGGAUUUUGAACUGUCUGUGAUUAAUAGUGGAAAAUCGAUUCUAAUCAAGUCGAAGAAUUUUCGGUCCAAUUUACUAUAAAAGCGCACGUGAUAAAGAAUGAAUAGACGCGGGGAGGGAGAGGAAUAAAAAUGCGGGGAGCAAGCUCGUAUCAUUAAGCACGCUAGCGAGUAUGUAGUACCAUUUCGUUAUAUAGU